GGCGCCUCUCACGCCGCCUCUUUCUCUCUGAUAUUGCUACGCAGUCGUCUAGGCAGCAGCAAUGGAGUCGAUCAAGAAUGAACCUGGAAAAUGGCAGGCCUGACCUGAAGGUAAACAGUUACAACCUGCUCCCACGUCACAUCUGCGGUGGUUAGGAAACCCCACUGUGUGUCAUUCCACCCAGCCCUGUGGCCACCUGAUUGAGCUUGGUGUGAUUUCGCUUCCCCCUCGGAGACAAUGUACUGCCUUCAGUGGUUGCUCCCAGUCCUCCUCAUCCCGAAACCCCUGAAUCCGGCCUUAUGGUUCAAUCACUCAAUGUUCAUGGGCUUCUACCUGCUCAGCUUCCUUCUGGAGAGGAAGCCGUGUACCAUUUGUGCCUUAGUGUUCCUGGCAGCACUGUUUCUCAUCUGCUACAGCUGCUGGGGGAACUGUUUUCUGUACCACUGCCAUGACUCCACACUGCCAGACUCUGCACACGACCCCAGCAUCGUGGGCACCUAAGAGGAUCCCACUGACACUAGGAGCACAUUGACCCUGGACAAUCUGUAUCUAGGCUGUGAAUAAAAUCUGCCACCUGAGACUGUCGAGAUGCUGAGAAACCUAGACAGUGUCCCGAUUCUCAUCCCCUCUGCCCUAAGUGUGCACUUGUUCACUUCCCUUCAUGGAUUUCAAAGGAAUUGACUGUUGCAAGAAAGGGUGGUAACACCCUCUCAAUGAUUACACCAAUCCAGUGCUUUUAAAUGCAUGGGGAGGAGUGCAUGUGUGCACUUUUCAGAAAAUGGCCUAUCCUACACAUCUCCCCCCUCACAACUGCCCUCCACCCCUGCCUUUAUCCCCUGGUUUUGAGUGAACAUCCACUACCCUGGACUCAUUGGAUCUAAACAUUUGCAUGGGUUGCCUUUAGAGUUUUCAUAUGUCGUGUUAAUACAUAUAUUUUAAUUACAGAAUGCUGAAAGUUUCCAAAGGGUAGAAAUUGAGUGUGUGUGUGUGUGUGUGUGUAUGUGUUAGUCAGCAUUUUCACAAGUCAUACUAUCAGUAUGUUACGGUAGCAGGAAGGUGAAUAUGAAUAUCCUGCAUCCCUGUUGAGCUUUAUUGAUGUCGAGAGCAGAAGAGUGAUGUGAACAUGUUGUGUGUCACUUCCCCUGCAGAGCUCAAAUGUUACCACUGCUUUUAAUUUAAUAAAGUUCAAUGUCUGAAGGUGUUAUCACUGAG